AUGGAUUCAGUAUCUUGGACACAAGUCAAUCAAACACAAGAUAAUCUGACAUCUUUUAAUGAAUCAAUAUUCCAUGGUACAAUCAACAAUCAAUCGACCAAGAUCCAAAUCAAAAUUGGUCAAUUCUAUAAUACCACCAUCAAUACCUUUGCCAGUGAAGAUAUGCAAAUGCCAUCAAAUUCUCUCAAAUAUACGAUUACAAUCGUUGACUGGGUAUGGUCAUCGCCGUACAACACUCUACAAGUCAUAUUUCACACAAGAUCAGAUUCAGUUGAAUAUGACGAGUGUGGCGUCAUGAAGACAGGGAGUGACGCAUCACCUGGUCAUCAAAUCAUAUGGACUCGAAUUCAAGUUGGAAGAACACUUCUCAACUGCAAGAUAGCGAGUAGAAUGAUUUUGGACAACUCUACAACCAUGCCAUCUAAAGUCACAGUUCUUGCAGACGAUACAUUCUCUCAACAAAUCAAUAACCAAGGUUUAAUCUUUUAA